UUUCUCUUCAUUUACUGCUGAAAACUCCAAUAGUUUUUGUCUAUAUAUAGAUUUUGUUUGUUUGUUUCAGGGUGAAAACGACGGUCCUUCAGGAUGUGGCUGCUGAUUUUUUUGGUCUCCGUCUUGAUUUGGGCUGGAGGAACAUUCUGGUUUCUGUUCAAAAAACCAAGUCCGUUUUCAGCUUCAUCAGUGAGGCCUGCAGAACCCUUAGAGCUGGACCAGAAGAAGAGAGAUAAAGUGCUGAAACAAGGAUUUACCAAGGAAAAGAUUCCAGCGAAUCUUGAUGCGAUUAUAAUCGGAAGCGGGAUCGGAGGAAUGACGGCUGCAGCCACAAUGGCCAAAUCAGGGAAGAAAGUGUUGGUUCUGGAGCAGCACGACGUGGCAGGAGGCUGCUGUCACACUUUCACCGAGAAGGGCUUCGAGUUUGAUGUGGGACUCCACUACUUCGGUCAGCUGCAUGAAAACGGUCUACUUAAGAUUGCGAUGGACCAGAUCUCAGAGGGUCAGCUGGAGUUUGUGGAGCUGCCGCAGCAUUUCGACAGUAUUGUGAUCGAUGAUAAAGGCAAACGGAGAGACUACCCCAUCCUGAGCGGCCGGGUGGAGAUGGAGCAGAACCUGAAGAAACUCUUCCCUAACGACGUGAAAGCUGUGGAGGAGUUCUUUAAGGUCAUGAAGCUCACAGCCAGGAAGACGCCGCUGAUGGCCAUCCUGAAGAUUAUCCCACAGUGGUUUGCUCUCUUUCUGAUCAAAAGUGGAAUCGCUAACCUGAUCUCGUCCAUCUUUCGACUCUCAGACUUCAACGCUACUGAGAUGAAUUACAAACUGACCAGCAACAAAGACCUGCACUUGAUCUUCUCCUAUUUCUUCUAUGGUGUUGCUCCGAAAGACUCCAGCUUCAUGAUCAAUGCUCUGAUGCUGCACCACUUCAAGCGUGGAGCGUAUUAUCCUAAAGGGGGCGCCAGUGAGAUCCCCUUCCACGUUACUAAAGUCAUACAGAAAUAUGGCGGCAGUGUGCUGGUCCGGGCCCCUGUGAGCCGAAUCCUGGUCGAUAACAAGGGAACUGCAUAUGGAGUGACGGUGAAGAAAGGUGAAGAGCAUGUGGAAAUCCGAGCUCCUGUCAUCAUCUCCAACUGCGGGAUCUUCAAUACUUUCCAGAAGCUUUUACCUCCAGAAAUACAAGCCAAGCCAGAGAUUCAGAGUCGACUGGACAUGAUGAGGCCUGGUAAAGCAUCAUUCCUCCUCUUCUCUGGCUUCGAUGCCACUCAGGAAGAGCUGGGCAUCACCCCCACCAGCAUCUGGCUCUUUAAAUCCAACGACAUGGAUGGCAUGUCAGUAUACAAGUGUUUUGGAGGAGCUCCUCAAACUACGUCUACUCCAUUUGGUGCUCUCGAGCGCCCCCUCGCUUGA